AUGUCCUUCGCCCCUUACAUCCAGACGCCAGAAGCAGAACUGGCCGUCCUCAGUAUGGUGCACCUUGAAGAGUUUCCCGAACUCCCCAUGCCCGACCACGAUCGCUGGCCACCCCUUUCUGAGCCGCCUACGCUUGUGGACGAAGACAGCCUCACAACGGCGCUUAUCAAAACCGUGUGGGGAACAAGACCUCCUUGCCUCUCGACCAGGCCAGUCCAAGGGGCCAGUCCUCGGCCAAAGCCGCCGAAGAUCUCCAACCGCGUGCCACCUCCCCUGGCCUUGGACCUCUAG